AGAUGGCGUUAGGGGUCGUGUAGGGUGGAACAAAUGUCUGCUCCAAGUUUGAGGUGUAUAUUGCCGUUUCGUAAUUCUGUGCUGUAUAUAGAAGUGAGCCAGACUGAGUGAAAUUGACACGAAUGAUCUGAUUUCGUGUUUAACUGUUGUGUAGAUAUUUUAGGAUUGACUGGAAAUGAGAGAGGCUGUUGAAAAUUAUCAAGAAAAAUCAUCGUCUAUCCUAGACAUGGAAACUAGAAAUUCAAAUCACUGUAUUCAACAGUUUUACACAGAACAUCACAAUGUACAGCCCUAGUUCCUGCUGCUGAUUGGUGAUGUUGUGAACAUGGAACAGAACAGGGAGAAUUGGAAGGAGUACUGGGCAUGUGAGCAGAGCAUUGCAUCGGCGCGGGCGUCGGUGAUGGUUUAUGACGAUGUGAGCAAAAAAUGGAUUCCAAGUGGCACCUCUUCAGGAUUGUCCAAAGUUCACAUCUACCAGCACCAAAUAAACAACACCUUUAGAGUAGUGGGACGCAAACUACAGGAUCAUGAGGUGGUGAUUAACUGUGCUAUACUGAAAGGACUGAAGUACAACCAAGCAACAGCCACGUUUCAUCAGUGGCGCGAUAAUAAACAGGUGUAUGGACUCAACUUCAGCACUAAGGAGGAUGCCGACUCCUUUGCUCGUGCCAUGUUCCAUGCUUUGGAUAUGCUGAGCAAUUCCAUCUCACGGUCAGUGGGACACCCUUCCAUGGCACCUGUUACUCAACCUAUAUAUCAACCCAUGAAUAAUGGACAGUAUGAAGAAGAUAUGGGAUACAGUCAGAUGGUGACAUUGCCGAGAGCUGCGUUGUACCACCAGGUGCCCUCAACUGCUCUAGCCCCACCACGGAUACCACAUUCAGAGGUUGGGCCCAGUGGACCAGCAAGGACUAUGACACGGGAGGAUGUUGCUAUCAUCCAGGAGCGCAGAAUGUCUCAGCAGCAGCAACAGCCACAACAGCAGCAAAUUUUAGGUAGCCCAGGGAGCCCAUCGCCAGGAGCACCAGCACCUCCUGCCCCGCCAGGUCACCAUCGCACCUCUUCAGCUCCCCCUGCCCCUCAGCCUCAACCAAUGGCUCUGGCUCCCCCCACAUCAUCACCUCAAACAGGUGUGCCACCUCCUGCCCCUCCUGCCCCACCAUGUCCUCCGUGGCUUGGGGCUUCUUCCCAGGCCCCUGUGCCCCCUAUGGCUCCUACUGCGGCUGCUCCUCCUCCUCCCCCACCUCCCCCUGCAUUGCACAUGUCUAGGUCAUCUAGUUCUGAUGGGCAGGAGCAGACGUCAUCACUGGCAGCUCAGCUCCAGAGUGCCAAACUGCGCAGAUCAAAUAAGCAAUCCGCAGAGAACAGUGGCUCCAGCACAAGCAGUAGUGGAAGCAGUAGUAACUAUGGCACCAUAGGUCGCGGUGGAAUGGCAAGCAUGUCAAGUAUGAUGGAUGAAAUGGCAAAGACUCUGGCAAGACGUAGAAAGGCUGUGGAGAAGAAGGAGCAGCCUGACACGGAACAGGAGGGAGAUACAGGCCAGGACAAAAAGCCCUGGGGGGAUAAAACUAGCACAAAUGGUGGUAAGUUUGGUGCCAGUGGUGGAGGAGGUAAUGGAUCUGGCUCGGAGUCUCCAAAGCCAUCCCGGAAACGGUUUGGCUCUGCUAGCGAGGAGCAGCUGCCAAAACUGAAUGGUCUGCCAGAUGGUACUACCACCUGUGUUACAGACUUUGACUCGCUCAAGCAAGAGAUUCUCAAGGAGAUGAAGAAAGAAAUGGCUAAGUUGAAGCAGGACAUCAUUGAUGCUGUCAGGAUGGAGUUUGCCAGAAGAUAAUCCUCAACAUGCUGAGUUCCUAUGAUGGAAAUGAUUGCUCUCUGUCAUUUGACAUGGACUUCAUGAAUGGAUCACUUCAGCUGUUUACUGCUGCAGGAAGAACCAGCAUUCCCAUUGCAUGCUAUGUUUUGUUUUCUGUUGUAUUACUGUAACUCAUUUGGUUAUGCCCACCUCUUUGUUAAGGGCACAUGAAAGACAAAUUUAAUUUAGUGUUCAUGUUAGCAGAGUGAAGGUAUAGAUGAUCAGAACUUUAAAUUAGAUAAAAAUGUCUGGGAAGCCAGCAGAGUGUUUGUGCUCAUUUUAUGAUUAGGACGAACACUGUUGUAUCUCCAUUGUGUAAUCAUUUGGAAGUUUAGUCAGAAUUGGCUGGGCAAAAUUUGUGGUCUCAUCACAAAACCUAAUCACAAUAGAUAUGAUACUCCUGCUUUUAGAGGUUUUGAUUAUGUGUACCUAUUGCAGAUUGGUGUGGUUGUGAUAAGACAUGGAAGCUAGAAUUUUGAAUGCAAGGUUCUGUUUAUAACACAGUGCAAGAAUUUGUUAAUUGAACAGAAAUACAUCUGUUAUUGAUGGGCAUUAAUGUGUAAUCCAGAUGGCAGUGAUUCACAGGAGGUUUGUAACUGGUUGAUUCAUUAAUCACAGUUUUUGCUGUACAUUGUGUAUUUUCUGUAGUAUGUAUGACACACAAUAUUUUGAGAGUUGAUUGUAUUCCUGUCCUCAGGUGAUUGGUUGUCAUAACACUGACACAUUUGUGUUUUUGUGCUUUAAUAUUACUGGCAUUGAUUUAUAUUAAACAUGGGACCUUCUGAAUGCAAAGCUAGUAUUCUAACCACUAUGAAAAGUAAUAACUAAUCUGUUGGUGUAAUGACAGCAAGUCACCAGAAGACAUGAUUGGAGCAAGUUCUAAAACGUGUGUAUCAAAUAUAACCAGGCAAGCAAUGGCAGUGUGCAACAUAAUAUUGGUAUGACAAAUAUGGCUUUGUUUCCUGGUUCUGGGUGCUGCAUUCAAGUGUAAAAUGGAUGCAAAUGAUGUGGAGAGAUGUAAUACUAUUAUACUCGGCAAGUGACAGCUGGAACAUUUGCAAAUGCACAAUUACUAAUUUUGCACAGAUUUUGCUGUUAGGAUCUGUUGCGAUUGGCUGUUAUGUGUAAUGGCAUGUGAAUUGGUUUGUACAUGGACAUAUUCAGUCAAAACAUACAGUUGUAAAACAAAUGCAUUAUUAUUUAAGUUACAAUCAAGUGUCAAAAAAUAUAUAAGAUAUAUUGUAAAACAUAGUUCUAUUUAAUUUUUCUAUUGCAUGAGUGAUUUCUAAUAUAAUUUUAGAAUGUAUGUAAAUAUUAAAAUCUUUUUACUCUAUUUAUUACUGUAAACAGAAUGCACAUUUUUUAUAUUUAUUUUGUUGUGCACAAAGUAUGGGUGUGAAUUUCUGUUAAAGUGACAAUGUUUGUAAAAUUUUGGCCAACAGAGAGACUCUCCUGUUCAGUUUUUCUACAGGCAUGGGAUUGUAUAUAGAGCUGCUUCUGUUGUUCAGAGGGCUUUGGCUAUGUUAUUAUAAUACUUGUAACUGCAAGACAAUGAACUAGACACUAGCUGUAGGAAAACAUUUGUCUUGAUUGUAGUGCUGUUCACCCCAACAUUGUAUGGGUGGGGAUGCCAUCUGUGUCAUGUACACCGUUGUUGUGAUAUAAUUUGUAGUUUGAUUGAUUUAACAUUUUUUUGUAUUAUUAUAUUUAUGUAAAGUGGUUGGCAUCCCUCCUGCAAUUACUAAAGUGUGACUUCCCCAUCAUCUAAAUACAUCGAACCUCUCUUCUCCCUUCUCUGUCCCCCCUUCCAGAAAAUAUAUCUUAAUGUGAGUACAUACUGAGUUUCCACAGGAAAACAGUUCUGAAUUUUCUUAACCAGUUUUAAUUUUAGAAUCAACCAGGCCUAUUUCUUCACUUGUGAAGGUUCUUGCCUGCCUGGCAAGCAGAAACUUAGAUCUGUUAAGAUGUAUUCUUUCAAAGACUGCCACAUUCAUGAAUGUAAAAUGCAACAGUUUUUUAGAAUAUGACGAGAAGUUGAAAGUGUAAUCAAAUGACACACAUUGUUAAGCACUCAUUCAUUCCUUAAUAUUUAUAGUUGAACGUGAAUUAGGUGAAUUGCAGUAUUUAUUUCCAUUUAGUUGACAUUUGUACUUUGCUGGCCUUGAAAUCUGCUCAAGAUUAUGUAAUUGGGAUACUGCUUCUUAAAUAAUUUGGGCUUCAUAUCAUAAUAUGUGUAUGAUAUAUAGACAGUGUAUGUAUUGUAAACCCAUAGGGAUGUAAGUUGCUGAUAUGUUCAAGGAAAGGAGGUUUUAAUGUAAAUGAUAUUAUUUUAACCUUUACAUAGAUAUACAAAAAGAAGGUUUCUGUAAGUUAUGUGAUCUCACAAUCCCAAAUAUAUAACAUUAUAUAUUGUGUCAUUCAAAAUAUUAUGUACAGGAAAAGUGGUGAUUAGAUCCUAAAAUCUAGGAAGCCAACCCUCAUGUGUAAUAUGUAGCAUGUAGUUUUCCAAUAUUAUAUUGAAAAUAUAGAUGUAUAUUUAAUAGUUCUUAAUUGAGUAUUGUAUAUGCCAUACAUUUUGUCUUUUUGCAUUGUAUUUUGAAUAAACUUCUGAAAUGCUUUGUUUUCUUUUUAAUAAUUUAA